AUGUCGUCCCGAAUGAACACUCGCGCAUCGAACGCGGAGAAGCACCCUGGUGACAUCCACAAGGCCUUGAACCGCCGGACUUCCAGUGAAGUUGCGCUCCACAAGAAGCAGAAGAAAGCGGAGAAAGACAAGAAGAACGCCGAGCUGAUCCGCCAGAAGGAGCGUGUUGCCAAUCUGGAGAACGAGUUAGACAGGAAAUACGCGAAGAAACUUGCCCACGCACCGACAGCGCCUCCGAGACCAGCACCAGCAUCGAAAAGGAGGUCGAAGGCCACCACUGCCGACAAUGCCGACAGCACCGAAGAUGCCGAAGACGCCAACGACCACGACUCAGACAACGCGGCUGCCAAGACAUCGUCUGGCCCAAGAGCGAAGGUGAAGACGAAGUCGGCCCCUGCCAGAGCCAACACCGACAAGGGGGACACCGGUACUGAAGUCCCAGCCAACGCUCCGGCGAGGCUGAAGCCAAAGCCAAAGCAGAUGAAAAAGCAGCCCCCGCUGGCUGACGAGGCGGCUGGUGUGGACGUGUCUGAUGGCGAUGAGAUGGCUGUUGGUGAUGACGAUGAUCCGGCACCCAGGACCGUAGCUAGGAAGCGGGUCCACAAAACAAACCCAGCGAAGAAGGCUGGUACUAAAGGUAAGCUUAUCGCAAUCUCAAUCUUGGUCACUACUCACCUUUGCCUCGUCCCGUUGCAAAACGAAGCAAAAAACGGCGAUAAGGGAGACAACGUGUUCGAGCCUGAGGACGCCAUGAAAGCGGUGAAGCAGAGCUUGGAGGACAGAGCGACAUUCCGUACAGGUGUCGACAAGAUGAGGGAGGUACAGGUGCCAGUGGAGAACAGUGCCCGCGCGGCACCAGGAACCGCCGGGAAAGGCAAGUCUGCCUCGACAGCGCGCUCCAUCGGCUUCAAGACCGAUAUCAAGAAAUGGUCUGCGGCUGUCACCCCGCGUGGUCCACCUGCCUCGACCUCCAACGCCUCCCAUUCCCGCAGCGCACUGACUAGUGCGAGGUCCUCCACCCUUGUUGGCCAAUCCACUACAUCCAAGAGGAAGGAGAAGGCGCCAGAACCUGAGCCCGAGCCUGUACCCGAGGCCUUCGACGAAGAUGAGGACCAUGGACUCACGGACGACAAUGCUGAGGAUCUGGCCCGAGAGCGCGCCAGCUUCCGCGCUGAGGCCAACGUUGUACUGCUUUCAAGUCCCCCACCAAGCCCACCUGUACUGCCGCAUCGCCACCUCCCCCGUGAGCGCCUCUCCUCUGUCGAGGAGCUCACCACGCCUCCUGGCCGCCAUUUCUCUACCCCCGAGAGCGUCUCCUCCCCCAUCGAACAGCCUGAAGCUCCCUCCCUUAAGCGCCGUCGUUCGGACAGCACCAAGAAUGGUGCGAACAAGGAGGAGCCUGAAGGAACAGUCCGACUAGAUCACGAUCAGGUCGCUGAGCAAGACGAGGAUAUUGUGCUUGAUUCCGAGCCUGAAAGCGUCCCCAUCCCGAAGAACAAGUCUCGUACCACUGACAUGGGGGACGUUAACAUCCAGCCGGCAAAACGUCUCAAACCAGCCUCGAGCAAGGCUAUCGCGGUCAAAACAGAAAAAGGCGACAAGCAGGACGAGAACGUCGAGAAGGCGACAGACGCCAGUAAGGACGACAACAUCAGCAAGCGCAAGAAGAAGUACAAUAAGAAGACGCUGCCCUCACACGCCAACACCAAUCGUAGGUGGGCUCGUGUUUUCAUACCAACAUUCUUUGCCUGGCUCGCCCGUCAGAAGGACGUGUGGGGCCCCUCAAACAACAAGGUCCUCAAUGCCCUCCGAAACAUCUGGCGCGUGGUCUACAAUGAGGAGCUGCCUCCGGAGCAGGACGCAAUCGAUGGGGCCGUGUUCAAUCUCGUAAGCAUAGCUGUUGUUCUAAUUUGA